AUUGGCGGAACCAUUAAUGAAAUUUUGUUUCCACACGGACCUCUAGCAGCGGCAAAAAUGGCAACUCCUGCAUCGGUUGUGUGGAAAGUUUUAGCAGGAUGUCAGAGGCAGCUGCUGAGCCCCUUCAGUCCAGUUUACGCUGCUGCUUCACAAACUGCCCCGAAGAAUCUUCCCAUCAGGACGUUUGCAGCUGUUCAAGCUGCAAAGAAAGCGAAAAAAAAGAAAGGGAAGGAGGAGGAGGUCGUCCAGAAAAAACCCCGAGUCCAUAAUUACCGUAAGGUGCCGAGGGUUAUUGUGGACGACGUCUACUUUAAGAAGUUUUAUCCUCAGGCGACCCUCAGCGUCGCCGACGCCAUCGACCUGCUGAAGAGUUUCCAGGUGUUGGACUUCACCCCCGUCAAUCAGCCCGUUUACGUUGAGCUGAAGCUCAACAUGACGCUGGAGAAGAAGAAAAGUGUCAACCCAUUCGUCAGCUCCUUGUUGCUGCCGCACCCGAUAAAGACGGAGGACAACAAAGUCUUAGUUUUCACCGAGCAGCCGCAUCAGGUGGAAACUGCUCAGCAGAACGGAGCAGCGUUCGUCGGAGGAGCAGAGCUCGUUCAGCCUAUUUUGGACGGGGAGAUUUCAGCUGAUUUCUACGUAGCCGUUCCUGAAAUGCAGCUGAAGAUUUUGCCACUAAAAAACAAACUGAGGAAGAAGUUCCCGAAGAGCAAAAGAGGUAUGGUUGGCGUCGACAUUCCCAAGAUGCUGAGCUUUUUUAAAAAGUGUCACAGCUUCAUGGUGGAGAACGACUGCAUCGUUCGGACGCAGAUCGCCACGCUCGACAUGCCCGCCGAACACAUCAUCGCCAACCUGCAAACCAUCCUGACGGACGUUUGUUCGCAUCGACCAGCAGACCUCGGACCUUUUGUGGAGCGAGCGACCCUCUCCAGUGAAACCAGCGAGGACCUCUGCUUCAACAGCCAGGAUGUUUUACCAAAAACUGAGGAAUGAGUUGUUUCCCAGACUGUAUGUAAUCACUGUAACCAAUAAAGUUUUUGUUCUUACGCCUGAGAAGAACUCGACUUUGAACUAAA